AUGGAAUCACCAAAUUGUCCAAGAUGUGGUUCUUCCAAUACCAAAUUUUGUUAUUACAACAAUUAUAGCUUAACACAACCGAGGUACUUUUGCAAAGGCUGUCGAAGAUAUUGGACUAAAGGCGGGUCACUUCGCAACGUGCCGGUCGGUGGUGGUUGCCGCAAAAACAUAAGAGGUAAGUCCUUAAGGCUACCGAUAGAUGGUGUCCACUCGAAGAGUUUAUCAUGUGACUCGAUUAGGCAUUCCUAUGCCUCUGCUGAGUCCAAUUGCUCCUCAACUAUGUCUGAGGGCUCUCAUAUUGAUCUGGUACUUGUUUAUGCAAACUUCUUGAAUAAUCAACAACCAGAAAACAAGUCUGGCUUCGAAGUCCCGGAAUUGCGUAGGGAGUUCGACCCGUCUCUAGAAUUUUCAAGAUUAUCAAACGCCAACAUGGAAUCGAGUAUUCAGCUACCGGGAGAAGACGAUCUAAUUGGAUGCCUUGCUCGUUCAGAUUUAUCCACUGAAAACCAUGCGAACAACAAUGAACAGAUACACUAUUAUGGCAACUAUGCGUUGCCACAACUGCCUGGUGAUGAUUUCUUGACUCAAGAAAUACUGUGGUCCAAUUCUCAGUCCUACAUGAGUCCAUCCUUGCAAGCAACACAAGAGUCAGUCCUCGAACAAAAAAUUCACGAUCCGAAUCAACUGUUUGGUAAUCGGAAUCCAUUUGAUUAGUAUAGUGAUGAUGCUUUCUC